GUUCUGAUUUUGAUGCUCAGACGUGGCUCAGCACGGCUUUGACAAAUCUUGAGACUUGCCGAGCUGGGUUCAUUGAGUUAGGUGUCUCUGACUUCACGUUGCCUCUCAUGUCUAACAAUGUUUCGAAGCUAAUCAGCAACACUUUGGCUAUUAACAAUGGCUCAACCGAGAAACAAACGUAUAAAGAAGGUUUUCCCGCUUGGGUUUCGCCUGGAAACCGCAAGCUGUUGCAAUCGUCGUCUCCAGCAGCAAAUCUCGUGGUGGCUCAAGAUGGUUCGGGGAAUUACAAGACCAUUCAAGCAGCCCUAGAUGUCGCGGUGAAGAGGAGUGGCAGUGGGAGAUUUGUUAUACAUGUGAAAAGUGGUGUUUAUAAGGAAAAUAUUGAGAUUGGCAACAAAAUGAAGAAUAUUAUGCUCGUUGGUGAUGGCUUGAAAAACACCAUUAUCACUGGCAGUCGAAGCGUGGGAGGAGGUUCCACCACCUUCAACUCUGCAACUGUUGGUGAGGAUCUCAUCUCUUGUAUAUAU